AUGCCGUUUGAAUAUGAGAAGAUUAUGUGUGCGUUUAGUCGUCUUAUGUUGCAAGGGAAGGUUCAUCAAGCCGUCCGUUUGAUUUCUAUCGCUGACAAACGUGGCCUUCUUUCACUUGAUGCUUUAAUACCUGAUGUAGAUAGCAAUGGCAAUGCUAUCUGGAAAACUACGAGAGAGAUAUUGCUGGAGAAACAUCCCGAAGGAAAAACACUGUUACCAGAAAUGCUUCUAUCGGAUACCGAGUUUAAGGAAAAAUGUUUUGAUCCCAUCAUAUUUGAACGAUUAAGUGGUGAAAGCAUCAAGCAAGCAGCAAUGAGGACCAACGGCGCUGCUGGUCCAUCUGGUGUUGAUGCAUUUGGUUGGCGACGGUUUUCUUCAUCUUUCAAAAGUGCAUCAACUGACUUAUGUAAUGCUCUUGCUUCUGUGGCUAGACGAUUGUGUACCACACGUGUUGAUUCAGAUAGUGUAACGGCUUACGUCGCAUGUCGUUUAAUUCCUUUAAAUAAAGAACCAGGAGUUAGACCCAUUGGCAUCGGUGAAGUUCCAAGACGAAUUAUCGCAAAGGCUAUUCUUAAAGUAGUUGGUGAUGACGUCAAGUUAGCGGCUGGAACCCUUCAAACGUGCGCUGGCCACGAAGCAGGAUGCGAAGCUGCCAUACAUGCAAUGAAGGAAAUCGAAUCAAUGGAUCAAACAGAAGCUAUGUUAUUGGUUGAUGCGACAAAUGUGUUUAAUACUUUAAAUCGGAAAGCUGCCCUUCAUAACAUUGGAGUUAUCUGUCCAGCUAUAUCUACCAUUCUUAAUAACACUUACUCAAAACCAGUGAGAUUAUUUGUUACAGGUGGUGAUGAAAUAUUAUCGUUGGAGGGAACAACACAGGGAGAUCCACUAUCAAUGGCCAUGUACGCCCUCGCCAUAACACCUCUAAUUAAAAGUUUAAGUCAAGAAGUACCCAAGUAUGGUUUGCAGAACUCCACAUCUGCGGGGAAGCUCAGCGCCCUAAAAAGAUGGUGGCAACAUCUAACAGCAGUAGGACCUGGAUAUGGCUAUUACCCAAACCCAAGCAAAACCACCUUGGUAGUUAAAGCCGAAUAUGUUCAUCACGCCACUGCUCUUUUCCAAGAUACCGGUAUUCGUAUAACAACCGCUGGUCAUAUUCUUGGCACAGCCGUCUGUACACCCAGAUUAUGUUGCAGCUAAAGUAGAGAUCUGGAAAGAGGAAAUAGAAGCUUUGGUUAAGAUGGCAGAAAUAUAUCCCCAUGCAGCCUUUAUUCAUUCUAUAAAGGGAAAGUGGCAAUUUAUCAUGCGGACAGUGGAUAAUGUUGGAAAGUUAUUCCCACCAAUUGAAUAUAUUAUAACAGAGAAGCUUAUUCCUGCACUGACGGGCAGAAGUCAUUGUUCCAUUGAAGAAAGUUGCUGUCGCUGCCAACAAGAUAUGGAGGUCUGA